AUGGCCUCUCUCGACGCAACGGCGCACCUAGGCCUGCUGCAUCUAGAUGGUGUUUUGAAAGGCCGCCCGGUUUUUCUGCUGGCUGUUUCUGCUCUGCUCGGCUACAUAGUUUAUCAACGAUACUUUUCUCCCUUAUCGAAAGUGCCAGGACCAUUCUUGGCCAGCUUCACUGACGUAUGGUGGCUGUGCAUUGUCCUGAAGAGACAACAGCACCUAGACUCUCUCAAGCUACACGAGAAAUAUGGACCGCUGGUUCGGCUGGGACCCAACCAUGUUAUGGUGGCUGACCCUGAAGCGUUUAAGACAAUCUACGGAGCAGGCAAGAACUUCCAGAAGUCGGAUUUUUACAAACCCUUCAAGGCGAAGCUGAAGUGGAGCCUGACUGCUGAGACCGACGGGCACGUCCAUAGCAUGAACCGGCGGAUGGUCAGCAAGCCCUAUUCCAUGGAAUCGAUCCGAAGCCUGGAGGUGUUCGUGGACCAUGUCAUCCAACAUUUCCUCGAAAAGAUGCAGGGGUUAACCGGCCGACCCAUUAACUUGGGCGACUGGCUGGCCUUAUUCGCCAUCGACAGCAUCACCGAGAUCACGUUUUCGAAGAGUUUCAACUAUCUCGACAAAGGCGACGCCGACGGAAUUCUUGCCCUGUCCAAGGUUGUCUUCUCCAGUGCAGCAUGGGUCGGUAUCGUGCCGUGGGUGUACCGAAUCCAUCAUUACACCUCGGACUAUACCGGCAACUGGCUAGGGGUGACUAUGCGCAGCAUCCGAUUCCGAGCACUGGCCGAACAGAAAGUCAAGGAACACGACUUGAUCGAGGACGAGAAUGAAGAUCACAAAUCGAUCCUCGGGUAUUUGAAAGAUGUUCGACGAAAGAAGCCUGAGGAGUUCUCCGAGUACGCCAUGAUCUCGGCGACAACCAGCAACAUCUUUGCCGGCUCAGACACUACCUCGAUCGCCCUUCGCACCAUGAUAUAUUGCCUGCUCAGCUCGCCUCAUUAUCACCAGAAAUUCUUGAGUGAGCUCGAGGAGAGACGAGAGGCGGGCCUCAUCAGCGACCCUAUCCGCUUCAGCGAGGCCGAAGCGUGGCCUUUUCUUCAGGCUGUCAUGUAUGAAGCCAUCCGUCUUCACCCUCCAUUUGCUGUGCACCUGCCGCGAGUUGUUCCAGAAUCCGGUUUGGUUGCCCAAGGAAUCUAUCUCCCACCUGGAACUGUCGUUGGUACAAAUGCGUGGUGUAUUCAUCGCCAGAAGAAGGUCUUUGGUGACGACGUCAAUGAGUUCAGGCCCGAGAGGUGGAUGGAUCCUGAGAAGAAAGCCGAGCUUCAGCGAUUCUUCUUCGGUUUCGGCGGUGGAGCUCGAACUUGUCUUGGAAGAAACAUCGUCUGGCUCGAGAUGUCCAAGUUUCUUCCCAUGCUAUUUAUGCACUACAGCCUCAGGCUAGUGGAUCCUACCAAGCCGAUGCCAGUGAAGAAUAUCUUUUUGGCUUUCCAAGAUGGGCCCUAUGUCUUCAUGGAAGAGAAAAGGAAUGGAGCAUCCGUUGGAGCUACUUAG